AUGCUUGCCAUAGCUUCCCCAUCAUCAUCUUCUUCUUCCAAGAAAUAUGAUGUGUUUCUGAGUUUUAGAGGAGAGGACACUCGCAAAUCCUUCACCAGCCAUCUCCAUACCGCCUUACGCCAUGGAGAUAUUGAGACAUACAUUGAUUAUGAGCUCCGAAAAGGCGAUGACAUCUCCCAAUCACUCAUUGAAGCAAUUCGGGAUUCAUCCAUCUCUGUGGUGGUCUUCUCUGAAAACUAUGCCUCCUCCAAAUGGUGUCUGAAUGAGCUCCUUCAGAUCCUUUGCUGCAAACAACAGCGGGGACAAAUUGUUGUUCCUAUCUUCUACGAAAUCAACCCAUCUGAUGUACGCAAACAAAGGGGAGCUUAUGAGAAAGCAUUCGCAGAGCAUUUGGAGAAAAACCCAGAGAAGGUGGAUGAGUGGAGACAAGCACUUUUUGAGAUUGCAAAUCUAGUAGGAUGGGACUCCCACAACUAUAGAAAUUGCUGUUUCUUUUCAUAUGAGCUUCUCUGGCAACUACUUAGCUGGUCUGUCAGUGAGUAUUUGAUGUUUAAGGAACUUCUAGCAUGGGAUGAAGCAGAACUAAUUCAAAAUAUAGUCACGGACAUCAACAAAAAACUAGACCAUAGGUCCCCAACAACUGUACUAGAUGAUAUUGUUGGAAUUGAUGAGAACUUGGAUCAUAUUAAACCGUUGCUAGAAGAAUCCUCAACAAUUGGGAUUUGGGGGAUGGGCGGGAUAGGCAAGACAACAAUGGCUAAGGUUGUGUUUGCCAAGCUCCGCUCUCAAUUUGAUAGUUGCUGCUUCUUGAAAAAUUUUACGGAAAAGUAUGAAAAGCAUGGGUUAGAAUAUGUAUGUGAUGAACUUUUCCGAGAAUUAUCAAAGGAUACAUCUCUUGGGAGGCUGAAUCAUAGAAGAAUUUUGAUCGUACUUGACGAUGUUAGCCACACAAAGCAGUUAGAUGAGUUGAAAAGUGAAGCUCCUUGUUUGGGUCCUGGUAGUAAAGUCAUCAUAACAAGUAGAGAUAAGCAUGUACUUGAUGGAAGAGUUGAGAGAAUACAUGAGGCGAAGGCAUUAAGCUACAACAGUUCACUUAAAGUUUUCAACCUUAAAGCCUUCCGCACAGAUGGUUAUAAAAGUGGAUAUGAAGAACUAGUUCAAAGAGCAGUUUCUUAUGCACAAGGCAUUCCAUUAGCCUUAACCAUUUUGGGUUCAUUUCUAUAUUCCAGAACUGUGGAGGAAUGGGAAAAUGCGUUGAGCAAAGUAGAAAGCACUAGCAAUCGAGAUAUUCAAGCUGUGUGGAUUAAGAAGAUAUGUAGAAGAAAUGCUAAAGAACUGUGGCUUUCAAGCAAGCAUAAUUGGUUUGAGAACCCUUAUGGAUAA